AUGACCGAAGUUACAGAGAUAGCUCUGCUUCACCUGCGGAAGGACGUCGACCUCGAGGACGACUCUUCGGUAGCGUUACAAACAUGGAGGAAAGCAAUCGGCAUUGUUAGCAGUCGCCUUGGCUUCAAAGAUCAAUUCUGGGGUCUGCGAUUGGAAGACAAGACACAGCUUGUCUGGACUCUUGACUGGGAUAGCGUGGACAAGCACAAGGAGUUUAUCAACCACGAGGAUUAUAAGCCCUUUGUCGCGGAACUAGCGCAAGUCUUCGACUUCGACGCACACCCUCCCUUCUUGACGCACAUCGCCUUCACCUCUGCCGACUCCCUCAAGGCCGCACGCAGCGCUCCGGCCGCGCUCGACAACGGGUCCAGCGGCGUUGCGAUGGGCUGGUAUCUUGAGGAUGACGUCGAGUCGAGCGAAGGCAAGAAGGUGACAGCGCUGCAGGCUCUGCUUGGGUGGGAGAGUGUGGAGCAGCAUAUGGCGUUGAGGAACAAGCCCGAAUUUGCGGAGGUUGUGAAGCCGGUCAGAGCGAUCCAGGCGAAGGGCAGAGACGAUAUGGGGAUGUUUCAUGCUAAGUUGAGGAAGUGA